AUGCUCAACGCCUGCUGCGUCGCAAGGGCGCCAGACCUUUUAAGGAGCUAUGAUGCGAGCCUUCACGACUUGGAGGACUUUGCUGAGGAGCGAUUCCCUAUGUAUGUGGUGCCCGUGGAGACCGCAUUGCUUAUGCAGGAGUUGAUGCCGCACGAGGCGCUCUUGAAAGAUGGGACGCUGCUGGAGUUUGACGACAACCGGGGGAAUGCCAUGUUUGUGUCGCAUCAGUGGGCUGGUGAGCACCAUCCAGACCCCGGGAUGGCUCAGUUUAAGGAGCUGCAGGUGUCCUUGAAGAACGUGAUGGCUGGUACCGGGAUGAUCUCAGGUACUGCCUUCGAGCUCUAUGCCGGUCAACAAAGCGUGAUUUCCUCGGAGGAUCUCUUCGUUCGCCCUCUCUUCAUUUGGUACGACUUCUUCUCUUGUCCACAGUGGUCCGACAGCCAUCGGGCACUGGCUAUCGGCUCGAUCCCUGCUUACGUCGAACGCUGCCGGUUUUUCGUGGCUCUUUGCCCCCUUAUUUGGCAUUCCACUUCAGGGAAGCCCCUCACCACAAAGUCAUGGACAGAUCGAGGUUGGUGCAGACUUGAAAGAGCCGCACGACGGCUCAGCAACACAGAAGAUACGAGGGUCAUCGAAAUACGAAGUGCGCAUCAGCUGGCUGUCGCCCCUGUUUUCAACUGGGUCUUUCACCCCGUUGGAGAAGGUGAGUUCACUCUGGAAGAAGACAGGCGUCAGCUUGCACCGGUGCUUCGAAGCAUGGUAAGAAAGAAGCUUCAUUUCCACCUGGUGCGGGGCAACUGGCAUGACUACCGCCUCAUGCUGAACCUACAGCGGGUGCAGUACCGAAAUCUCCCCAUCAAUCCGAUCGAAGAUAUGAUCCCGGGCUUCGAUUCCGAUCUUCAGGAUCCGGCUGCCUACGCAGCAGCGAGUUUCCUGCACCAAAACGGCUUCCGCUCCGUAGAUCAGCGGAGCCCAGAAGGUUGGACUCCUAUCUGCUACGCGGCCGUGGAUGGUAAUCCUCUAUUGCUCUCGGAACUUCUGGAGAUGCGAGCGGACGUCAACGAUCAGGUAUGGGAGACUGAAGCUCUGUUCCACUUCGCACCGAAGACACCCCUCCUGCAUAUCUGUGCGGCGCUGUCGCACCACGAGGCCUUGGAUGUCUUGAUCGCAGCGGGGGCGGAGGUUGGAGCGGUGGACGGCUAUGGCGCGACAGCGCUGAUGUGGGCUGCGGCGGUGAACAAUCUGCAGGGCAUCGAGGUCCUCAGCGAUGCCGGUGCUGAGUUGACUGCCGUGAACAUGCUGGGAUACUCGCCGUUUCUGGCGGCCAGCGCCAGCGGUUAUAUCCCAGCGAUGAAGAAGUUGAUGCCCACCACAACGCAGCAAGAGAUCGACCUAGCGCUCCAUGUGGCUAUCCUCCAUGGUGGCGGAUCUUCAGAAGUCAUCCUCGAACUGGUUCAAGCCGAAGCCGACAUCAAUUGUCAGCUUUCAACACCUCUGCUGAGCCCUCUUGGCGUACUCUUCGCCUGCCUCAGCAUGCGCCACCGAUGGAAGCAAUCCGCUCUGAGCUACUAUGCCUACCACCACUACGGCGCCACACCUCUGAUGUGCAGUGUAAUUACUAGCUCUUUCGACGCCGUAGCGGUGCUCCUGGCUGCCGGAGCGCGCGUUGAUGUCCAGAACACACGUGGGUGCACCCUGGCUGGUUGGCUUGAAGGUCGGGGUGUCAGAAAUUAUGGGACCCCACCUGAGAGACUUCAUAGACGGAUCCUGAUUAUAUGGGGGCCCCUAGUUAUUACGAACCUCCAAGCUCAACAUGCAAAGCAAGGUCGCAUGUUCGGGGCUGUCCCGAGGAUAAAAAGCAGGCCAGGUUUAGAGUUUAAGAACCGUAGGGUUUUUAGGGUCUAG